CAGUGCUAAAUCCGUGACACCAUCCCCUCCCAGACACACCAGUAACACACCAGUAACACCUCAAUAACAUGCUGGCAAUACAUGGGUAACACCCCAGUAACAAGCCAGGAACACACAAACAACAUCCCAGUAACACACCGGUAACACCCCAGUAACACACUAAUAAUAUCCCCAUUAACACGGCAAUGACACACCAGUAACAGGCCAGUAACAGGCCAGUAACAGGCCAGUAACAGGCCAGCAACACCCCAGUAACACACCAGCAACAGGGCAAUAACAUCCCAAUAACACGGCAGUAACAGCCCUGUAUGGCCCACCAGUAACACCCCAGUAACACGGAAAUAACACCCCCAGUAACACGGCAAUAACAUGGAAAUAACACCCCAGUAACAGACCAGUAAUACCCCAGUAACACCGCGAUAUAGCACCCCAGUAAUACCCCAGUAACACGGAAGUAACACCCCAGUAACACGGAAACAAUACCCGAGUAACAGACCAGUAAUGCCCCAGUAACACCGCGAUAUAACACCCCAGUAACACCCCAGUAACACGGAAAUAACACCCCAGUAACACCAUGAUAUAACACCCCAGUAACAGGCCAGUAUCACCCCAGUAACACGAAAAUAAUACCCCAGUAACAGGGCACUAAUGCCCCAGUAACACCACGAUAUAACACCCCAGUAAGAGGCCAGCAUCACCCCAGUAACACCGCGAUGUAACAGCCCAGUAACAGCCCAGCAGCACCCCCAUGACACGCCAGUAUCACCCCAGUAACACCAUGAUAUAUCACCCCAGUAAGAGCCCAGCAGCAGUCCCAUGGCACGCCAGUAUCACGCCAGUAGCAGCCCAGCAGCAGUGGCAUGGCCCAGCAGCGCUCCCAUGACACCCCGAUCCAGGCGGAUGGGACGGACGGGAACUGCGUCACGUUCGUGCUGCACGACGAGGAUCACACCCUGGGCAACUCCCUGCGCUACAUGGUCAUGAAGAACCCUGACGUGGAGUUCUGUGGCUACUGCAUCACACACCCCUCGGAAAGCAAGAUCAACUUCAGGAUCCAGACCAGAGGGGCCCUUCCUGCUGUGGAGCCAUUCCGGAAAGGGCUGAAUGACCUGAUGGGUGUUUGCCAGCAUGUGCUCAACACCUUUGAGAGGAGCAUGAAGGAGUUCAGAGCACAGAAGGAGGAGGAGAUGCAGUAGCCUUUGGGAAUGGCAUGGAUGUGUAACCUCUGUGUGUUGAAUUCCCUGUGUCCAAACGAGUAUUUUCUUUAUUAAUAAAUGUAUUUUUUUAAUAAUAAAGUUUAUUAAUUUAGAUGC